AUGCCCAUGACGUGCUUUAUCAUAUCUGUAGCACCUGGACUAGCACUUGUUUGGCUAAUCGAUGCCGAAUACUCAGCUGCAUAUGACGAGACGCUCUUGUCAGCAUCCCGUGAUCACUGGAAAUGGUCUGUCAUACCACCGUAUACACACUUCUCUAUAUAUCCUGAUGCUCAGCGUACGGCUGCUGUCGAGACGUGCUCUUGCCAACAGUUUGCACCAGUGGGUCUUAAUAGCGUAUUGGCAGAGAGGCUAACGAUUCAUUGCGAAUCCAGAUCUCUGAUACAAGAUCUGACGAAAUGUCUCGUUGCCCAAACUUUUUACGUGAGAGAUUCUAGUUUAGGGAUGUUUCAGAAGCUUUUUGGAAAUCGGCCAAAUUUUAAAGGCACUGAAUCAGAGUUGCGCAAAAUGUCGUUGCCAAGCAUUGGUCUUUUGAUUCAAGAAGCUUACCAAGAGCCGCUUGCAACCGGUUCAUUUCGUCGCGAGGUUGCAUUAAAGCAAGUUUAUCGAGUUGCUUGGUUGGACCUUCCAAGAGAUGACUUUCAACCCGAGGAAUAG